AUGUCAAAUGUUGAGCUGUGUGAUGGAAGCUGCGUGUUGACCAUUUACAAGCCCUCACAAUACGACUUCCUCAGCCUCCUCUCUUUACUUUUUCCCAUCAAAAUUCAAAUUCCCACCUCACAGUUUCCCAUUUCUCUCUUCAUCUCUCCCAAACUCCGUCACACCAUGGAUGAUUUCAAAUCAAAAUCAUACAACUACAGUGAUCGAGACAUGCAACUAGAGAGAUACAAUGGUGGAUUUGGCUCAAAAAUGCCAGAUUUCGAGCACCACCCACCCCGCGAUUUCAGAUCUUACAGCGUUUCAUAUGCCUCUUCCUACAAAAUCCCACAAACGAACCUGGAUAUCGUUGUUUCCGGAGCUGGAAAUGAUUUCAAGCUGAAGAAAGGGAAGUCCACAAAUGGAUCCGCCACAAAAUCAUGGAGUUUUAGUGAUCCUGAGUUUCAGAGGAAGAAGAGGGUUGCAGGAUACAAAGUCUACUCUGUUGAAGGAAAACUCAAAGGAUCCUUUAGGAAGAGCUUCAGAUGGCUUAAAGAUAAGUAUACCCAUGUUGUUUAUGGGUAA